AUGGCGUGGUCCGGAGUCGCCGCAGGCAAGGUGGUCACGUCUGUGCCCACUGAAACCAAAAAACUGAGUUUUGCCUCUGCCGCCACUACCACCCCUCGCAAGUUCAAGAAACGCGACCUGGAGGAACCCGAGGAUCUGCGCUCCGAUGUAGGUUCGGGCUUGUUGGCUGAAAAUUCGGAGCCCGUGCCACCCGAGUCUCUGGGUGACCUCGCGUCUCCAUUGCUGCCCAACCACGGAGGACAACGGUUUUCGGCCGAAGAUAUGCUUGCAGUAUGGCGAAACAUGAAGGACAAGAACGUUCUGGUCAAAACGGAGGUAAACAACCAAUCCAUGUACCAGAGCAUUCAUCUCAACACCCCUUCGCUGCUGCAGAAGGACCAGGGUGCCGGAGGUUCGCUGAUGUCCAAGGACCGAGAGGGAUGGUCUCCAUUCAAGAGCGUAAGCGUGGUGAGUUCGGUUGAAUCUCCCUCUCAAGGACACCAGUCACUGCACCAGCCCCAGCAGCAGCAAGCGCAACAGCAGCAAGCGCAGCAUCAACAUCAACAGCAAUAUCAGGCCGAUCCUUCUGCCCCCUCUUCCGCUGCCAUGUCGCCUACCACGGGAACGGUGCCCUCGGUGUUUGACACGUUCAAUGCUCCCGCUGUGCCUCCCGGGAUGGGUUUUACAGCCUCCCCACCCAAGUUGCAGCAUCCUGAAAACAUCAAGUGGAUGUACAAGGACUACCAGGGCAUAAUCCAGGGUCCGUUUGCUGGUCCCGUUAUGCACACUUGGUGGAAGGGCGGCCAUCUGGAUGCCAAGCUGCUCAUUCGACGUGAGGAUGACGACGUGUGGCAGACCGUGGACGAGCUCAUUUCUAAGACCAGCACCCAGGAGCCGUUCCUGACCCCCUUGCCGUUUGUUGCUAAGCAACCGCCCGUGAUCAAUACGCAGACGGCUUUCUCGCAGCAGUAUCAGCAGCCUGGAGUCCCGCAGCAGCAACAGCAGCAGCAGCAACUUCAAGGCCAGCAGCAGCAGCAAGGAACUCCCCAGCAAGGAGGAUCCUUUCAGGGCUCUACUUCUUCCUUCCAGCACUAUCCCCAGCAUCUGCAUGGUAGUGUAUCAUCCUGGGGAAGUCCUGCUGUGACCCCCAUGUCUCCCACACCCUGGGGUGGUUCUCAGAUGGGCGGUCAGGCGACCCCCAAUAACAAUUUCGGCGGUGGAGGCUCGUUUUUCGACCAGCCCUUCCAUGGAGGGCAUUCGCAGUCGUCUUUCUUUGACGACAGAAGCAUGUGGCGAAGUGGCAGCGUCAGCAACACCAUGUCUCCUGCUUUGUCGCGAGCUUCGUCCGUCAUUUUCCCCAACGACGGUCCCCAUACUCCUACCCGGGCCGGAUCUCAUACUCCUCUUGCGGCUGCUGCUUCCACUGCCGAUGUGACUGCCGCUGACAACGAGCUGCUUGAGCUGGAUUCGCUGCCCCUGCAUCUGAAGGAUGUGAUUGGAGAUGAUUUGGAGGAGGUUCCAACCAUCAAGGAGGAGGAGCCUGAGAAGAAGGAGAUGAAGGACGAGGGCAAAAAGGACGUGGAGCCCAAGAAGGAGGCCAAGGAAGAGCCUGAGGAGCCUCUUACUGCCAAGGAGCGGGCCAAGCGAGAGCGAGAUGCCGCCAAGAAGGAGAAGAAGCGGAAGGAGAAGGAGGAGAAGCAGCGAAUCAAGGAGAAGAUGGCUGCUGAGAAGGCCGAGCGAUUGGAGCGGGAGGCUCGGGAGAAGGCCGAGAAGGCGCGUCUUGAGCAGCUCCGGAUCGAGCAGGAGGCCAUUGACCGGGAGGAGGCCAAGAAAGCCGAGGCUGAGAAGGCCGAGCGGGCUCGACGGAUUGAGGAGGAGCGACUGGCAAAGGAGGCCCGAGAGAAGGAGGCGCCCUGGACCGCCAAGGAGAACAAAAAGAAGGAGAAGCCCAAUAAAAUGUCUCUGGCUGAGAUCCAGCAGCUGGAGGAGUUUGAGCGGCAGAAGAAGGAGGCCGAGGAAAAGGAGCUUGCCAAUGCGAUCCGAGCUAUUGAGGAGGCUGAGCUGCAGCAAGAGAAUUCUCUGUCUGCUUCCCGAGACGAGCCCUCUUUCAAGCCCACCUGGGCCACUGCUCCUGUGGCCUCUGCUCCUGCCAAGUCUCUGAGCCAGAUUCAGAAGGAGGAGGAGGCUGCUCGAAAGAAGAACACAAUCACUCCGGCAACCGCUGUUUCCUCAGGAGGAGUAAAGAAGUACGCUGACGUGCUUCCUCGGCGAGCCCCUGUCCCCGCUGCUGCUGCUGUUCCCGACGCUGCUUCUCCCUGGACUACUGUAGGAGCCCACGGUAAGCGAAUGGGAGAGGAUGGAAUGCCUGUUCGAGCCCAGACCCCUACUGCCCCUGCUGCUCACAUGGCUCACCAGUACGCCGCCCAGCAGGCCGCUGCUGCUCAGCAUCAGGCUGCUCUUGCAGCUCGCCCCUCUGCGCCAGUGGCUCCCGCUGCCCCCAAGGUGCUCACUCCCGCUGAGUCUUUCUUGCAAUGGUGCCAUGGAGCUCUCAGAGGUCUAAACGCCGGAGUCAAUGAGACCGAGCUGAUCGGUAUGCUCAUGACUCUGCCUGCAGAGGAGGAGUCCACCGAGAUCAUUGCCGACAUUGUGUACGCCAACUCGUCGACUCUGGACGGUCGACGGUUUGCUGCCGAGUUCCUCAAGCGAAGAAAGAUUGCUGAUGGUGACUCUGCUGUCAAAUGGAGCGAGGUGAUUCAGCAUGCCGAGGUUGCUCCUCAGGAUGAUGGAUGGAACACCGCCUUCAAGGUGGUUGGCAAGAAGAAGCGGGCUCCUUAG